AUGCAGACUGGGAUUGCAAUGGGAGCUUUGCAGAUUGCUGGAUUUUCCAUCCUUUUCUUUCUCCUCCACUCUGGAAACACGCUGGCAAAUAAAGCCAGUCAAGAUGUCGACGAGUGCGUGGAGGGCACCGACAACUGCCACAUCGACGCCAUCUGCCAGAACACCCCCAAGUCCUACAAGUGCAUCUGCAAGUCUGGCUACACCGGCGACGGGAAGCACUGCAAAGACGUCGACGAGUGCGAGCGGGAAGACAACGCGGGCUGCGUCCACGAGUGCGUCAACAUCCCUGGCAACUACCGCUGCCUCUGCCACCUUCCCUUUGCAGACCUGGAUGAGUGCUCGGAGGGCAACGGCGGCUGCCAGCAGACCUGUGUCAACAUGAUGGGGAGCUACGAGUGCUUCUGCCGGGAGGGCUUCUUCCUCAGCGACAACCAGCACACCUGCAUCCAGCGUCCCGAAGAAGGAAUGAACUGCAUGAACAAGAACCACGGCUGCGCCCACAUCUGCCGGGAGACCCCCAAGGGGGGCAUCGCCUGCGAGUGCCGCCCCGGCUUCGAGCUCACCAAGAACCAGCGCGACUGCAAACUGACCUGCAACUACGGGAACGGGGGCUGCCAGCACACCUGCGACGACACCGACCAGGGGCCCAAGUGCGGCUGCCACGUCAAAUUUUUGCUGCACUCCGACGGGGUGACGUGCAUAGGGGAGAGACACUUCCAGCAACACGUUAUCCUUGAGACGUUUUCUAAUGAGACGUGUGCUGUGAACAACGGGGGCUGCGACAGCAAGUGUCACGACGCGGCCACGGGUGUGCACUGCAGCUGCCCCAUGGGCUUCAUGCUCCAGCCCGACAGGAAGACGUGCAAAGACAUCGACGAGUGCCGGCUCAACAACGGCGGCUGCGACCACAUCUGCAGGAACACGGUGGGCAGCUUUGAGUGCAGCUGCAAGAAGGGCUACAAGCUGCUCAUCAACGAGAGGAACUGCCAAGACAUCGAUGAGUGCUCCUUCGACCGGACCUGCGACCACCUCUGCAUCAACACCCCCGGCAGCUUCCAGUGCCUCUGCAACAAGGGCUACACGCUGUACGGGCUCACCCACUGCGGAGAUGUGGACAGCCAGGGUCGCUGCCUGCGACCGGGGGUGAAUCACAGGCGCCCUUAUUUCACCUCCAAAAUCCCCGGGGAGCAGUACCCGGGUGCGUGGCGGAGUGAUGGGAAAGGCAACGAGCGCCGGCUCAUCUGUAGAGGCGGAAGAGCAUCAUGGGGGCUGGGCAGCUGCUCCGGCAUCCCCCAACUCCCAUUCCUCCUUCCCACAGAGUCCGACAGCAGCUACACGGUGAGCUGUGGGACCCCCGUCGUGCGGCAGGGUGGCCAGCAGAGACCCGCCAACAGCAGCCAGCAGUGCCUCGAGACUGUCGCUGCGCCAAUCAAGCAAAAGGCUUCCUUCAAGAUCAAGGAUGCCAAGUGCCACCUGCACCCGCGAGCCAAGGGCAAGCAGGAUGAGGCCGGGAAGGCGGGGGCGCAAGGCGGUUCGGCACCUUGCUCUGACUGCCAGGUCGCCUUCGUCAACCUCAAGUGCGACUCAUCCAAGAAGGGGAAGGGCCGCCGGGCUCGCAACUCCUCCAACAAGGAGGUGACGCGCAUCACACUGGAGUUUGAGGCGGAGAUCAAGCCAGAGGAGAUCACAGUCCAGUGCUCCCCCGGGCAUUACUACAACACGAGCGUCCAUCGCUGCAUCCGCUGCGCCGUGGGCACCUACCAGCCAGAUUUUCGGCAGAAUUACUGCAUCGCCUGUCCCGGCAACACCACCACCGACUUCGACGGCUCCACCUCCGUGUCCCAGUGCAAAAACCGGCAGUGCGGGGGAGAGCUGGGCGAGUACACGGGCUACAUCGAGUCCCCCAACUACCCGGGGAAUUACCCCGCCAACGUCGAGUGCACCUGGAACAUCAACCCACCACCUAAGCGCAAGAUCCUCAUCGUGGUGCCGGAGAUCUUCCUCCCCUCCGAGGACGAGUGCGGCGACGUCUUGGUCAUGCGGAAAAACUCCUCCCCGUCCUCCAUCACCACCUACGAGACAUGCCAGACCUACGAGAGGCCCAUCGCCUUCACUGCCCGCUCUCGGAAGCUGUGGAUCAACUUUAAAACCAGCGAAGCCAACAGUGCCCGGGGCUUCCAGAUCCCCUACGUCACCUAUGAUGAGGACUACGAGCAGCUGGUGGAGGACAUCGUGCGGGACGGCAGGCUCUACGCCUCUGAAAACCACCAGGAGAUCCUCAAGGACAAGAAGCUCAUCAAAGCUUUCUUCGACGUGCUGGCGCACCCCCAGAACUACUUCAAGUACACGGAGAAACACAAGGAGAUGCUGCCCCGCUCCUUCAUCAAACUCCUCCGCUCCAAAGUCUCCAGCUUCCUCCGGCCUUACAAAUAG